CUCAGCAUCGUCUAGGGCUCCCCCACUCAGGGACCCCCCCCCCAGUUCCCCGGCAGGCUCCAGGGGAAGCCCGGGCACAGGGGAGGGGCAAUCAGCAGGUGCUGGAUACACCCAGAGAAUAGGGCAGACGGAGGCGCUGGAUCGGAAGAACAGGAGCCCCCAGCCCCAGGACACCAGAUGGAUGCACAAGUGGGCAGAGUUAAUGUUGAACAGGCAGAUCUUGGAAUUUCCUAACGUUCAAGUGGUUGGCUUUGCAACCUAAAUAAUGUACUUUUAAUGUAGUGUUUCAUAUGGAUCUUUUGCUGCAGGCUGCGCAGGAGGAGGCUGGAUGCUUCCGACAGGUCCCACGCAUGUUUAUUGAGAUUGGCAUCUGAGAGUGCAGGCCCUAGCUCGAAGUGCAGUUGCUCCUGAGACAGACCAUGGCCACAGAACUGGGUACAAGUGCAGAUUUGGGUCUCCAGUUACAGAUGCCUUUAGAGCAGGGGGUGCAGCCCCCAGUAAAAAGGGAGGAGCAAGACCCACCAGGCCCCGAGCCAGGGCAGGGAGUGGAGCAAGGAGAGAACCUUCCCUUUGUUGUCUGUUCUGGGACCAUCGGGGAAUUAUUGAGAUGGGCGGCUCCACAACAGUCCAGGCCUCAGAGGCAGGACGAGCCGCCCCAGCGCUGGGAAGUCCAAUGGCAGGAGGUACUGCAGGCCCUAUGGACCCCUCCUGAAGUUGUGCCGGCCCCGGUGACGCUACAGCUGCCUGAGCUGGCACCAGGGGACGAUAUUGAGACCUAUCUGGCCAACUUCGAGCAUGUGGCUAAUGUCUGCCAGUGGCCAAGAGGAGAGUGGGUAACGCGACUCGUGCCGGCACUGAGUGGAAAAGCCCGACAGGUCUACAGCAGCCUGGAGGCUAGAGACAGCAGAGACUAUGGGAAGGUGAAAGCUGCCAUCCUGCAAGGGGAGGACACCCGCCUGGAGAUGCGACGUCGAUGCUUCAGGCAGUUCCGCUACCAAGAGGCCGAGGGGCCCCGGGAGGCUUGCAGCCACCUCCGGGAGCUCUGCCAUCGCUGGCUGGAGCCGCAGAGCCACACCAAGGAGCAGAUCCUGGAGCUGCUGAUCCUGGAGCAGUUCCUGACCAUCCUGCCGGAGGAAAUGCAGAACUGGGUCUGGGAACGUGGCCCAGAGAACUGUGCCCAAGCGGUGGCCCUGGCAGAGGGGUUCCAGCUGGGGCAGCCAGAGGCUGGAUUAUGGGAGCAGCAGGUCACGGUGCGUGUGAAGGUUGAGGAGGUGACUUCGGAGAAGAUGGCUUCCUCUGAGGCAUUAUGGGAUGCUCCCGGCUCCCAGCUAGAGCAGCUGCAGUCUCAUCAUGAAUGUGUAUCCCAGGAGGAGGUGGGACGAGCUGAGACCCCGGAACAUCAGUAUGGACCACUCUGUGUCCCCAAAGAGGAACCCCCGAUCCACCAGGAAAUGGAUAAUAAGUCAGGCCCCCUGUCUCAUUCAGAGCACAUGUUGGAUGAUGAACACAGGAUGGAUUCAGCCUGUUACUUGUUCUCCAUGUCCACUGAAGGUGACAUGGUGCUGAGCGCAAGUCCCCAGCUGGAGGUGCCAAGCGCAAGUCCCCAGCGGGAGGAGACAGAGAUGUCAGGGCCACGCAGGGUGCCCCUGGGAAGAUACAAAGGGAAGGCAUCACGGACUCAGCGCAGGGUGGGGAGGCAGCAUGGGAGCCCCAUUGGGAAAAGGGAGGUGGAACCAGCCCCUACCAUACCAGACUUCGGGACACCCGAACCCCAGCCCAGGCCUUUCAAAUGUGCUGAGUGUGCGAAAACCUUUUGCCGCAGCUCUGACCUGCUGAGACACAAACGGAUCCACCGAGGGGACCGGCCCCACCACUGCACUGAGUGCGGGAAAAGCUUUGUCCGGAACUCCCACCUCCUGAUCCACCAGGUGAUUCACCGUGGUGAACGCCCCUUCACGUGCAGCGAGUGCGGAAAGAGCUUUAGCCAGAGCUCCACCCUAACAAGACACCAGCAGAUCCACACUGGCGAGAAACCCCACCGCUGCCACCAGUGUGGCAAGAGCUUUGGGCGCAACUCCAACCUGACGAGGCACCAGAGGCUCCAUGCAGCUGAGAGGGUCUACCGGUGUGCGGGAUGCGGGGAGGCCUUCCGCAGCAGGGGGCUGCUCAUUUCUCAUCAGCGGUGCAGCAAGAAGGAGAGGCCAGAGGCUUGCAGAAAGCGCACAGUUCGUACCCCGGGCCAGGCUCCGCGGCAGGGCGGGGAACGCCCCGGGCUCGGGGGCGCGGCGGGGAAGCCGCAGGGCGAGGCGAGACGAGAGCGGCGGCGCGGACGGACAAAGGGGCCGGUGCUGGCUUGGCCCUGCGGCCUGCUGCAGCCUGUCGGCGCUGCCCGGGGCCGGGGCCUGUGGAAGGGGCGUGCGGGGGGGGACAGGACCCGCCUGCUCCCCGCGUGCCCCCAGCCCCACACCAGCAAGUGUGCGCGCGAGAGUGUGGAGUCUGUGACGUACCCUGACUUUCUGGUUGAUACUGAGAGCAAUGGCCCCUUUCCACUGGAGGAUCCUAGCGAGGAGAGCUUCCCGAUGGUGCACUCGGCCGAGUUUUCGUGGAUGGAGCGAGAGGAGGAGCUAUGUGACGCUGAUUCAGAUGAGCGGGAGGAGCUGAGAGUUGUCCUGACAGAUGAUGGGGCCCUGAGUGAGGAUGAGGAGGCUGACGAUGUGCAGGAGCAGGACGCCGAUGAUGGAGAGCCAGAAGGGCCAUUCUCAGCCCACUCCGAAGGGGACGAUUCCUGCGGGAGCUCUGAGAGGCCACAGGGUAGAUGGCGUGAUGCAGGUGUAGGUGAGCAGGCCUGCGAUGCGGAGGAUAAGCCGUUCCGAUGCUCCGAGUGUGGCAAGGGGUUUGCCCAGAGCUCCAACCUAAUCAAACACCAGCGGGUCCAUACCGGGGAGCGGCCCUACCGCUGCCACCAGUGUGGCAAAGCCUUCACCUGGAGCUCAUCGCUGCUGGAGCACCAGAAAUCUCAUGCUGGUGAAAAGCCCCACAGCUGUCCGGAGUGCGGGAAGAAGUUCAGCCGUGGCUCCACCCUGCUGGAGCACCAGCGCAUCCACACCGGCGAGAAGCCUUUCCGCUGCCACCAGUGCGGCGCCCGCUUCAGCCAGAGCUCCACACUGGUGCACCACCAGCGCACCCACACCGGGGAGCGGCCCUACCGCUGCGACGAGUGCGGGCGCAGCUUCGGCCGCAAGUCCACGCUGGUGACCCACCGCCGCACCCACACCGGCGAGAAGCCAUACCACUGCCUGGAGUGUGGACGCAGCUUUGUGGUCAGUUCGGACCUGGCCAAACACCAGCGCACCCACACUGGCGGCCAAGGCCCCUACCGCUGUGGGGAGUGUGGGGAGGGCUUUGGCUGGAGUGCUGCCCUGGCUGCCCAUCGGGCCAGCCAGCACGGUGCAGAGAAGCCCUACCGAUGCUCUGAGUGCGGGGAGGCUUUCCACCAAAAUGCCACGCUGCUGGUGCACCAGCGCACCCACGCUGGUGACGAGGCCUUCACCUGCUCCGACUGUGGGGAGUGUUUCCUGGAGAGCGCCAAGCUGGCCCGGCACCGGCGUGCCCGGCACAGCGCCGACGGGGAGGAGAAGCCUUUCAAGUGCUCCGAGUGCGGCAAGGGCUAUGCCCAGAGUGCCGGCCUGCGACACCACCAGCGAGAGCAACCCUUCCGCUGCCCGCAGUGCGGCCUGAGCUUCCUGUGGAGCUGCCGGCUGGCUGAGCACCGCCGCAGCUGUCGCAUGGCUGAGAAGCCAUACAAGUGCCCUGAGUGCGGCAAGAGUUUCGGCCAGAGCUCCAAGCUGCUGCGGCACCAGGUGACUCACACCGGCGAAAAACCCUACAAGUGUCCUGAGUGUGGCAAGAUCUUCAGCCAGAGCUCCAAUCUGGCGGAGCACCGGCGCACGCACGCCGGCCAGAAGCUCCACCGUUGCGGCAUCUGUGGCAAGAGUUUCGCCCUGGGCUCCUAUCUGGCCAAGCACCAGAUCACCCACACUGGGGAGCGGCCCUACCGCUGCACCGAGUGCGGCAAAGGCUUCCGGCAGAGCUCCAACUUGAUCCAGCACCAGCGCACCCACACCGGCGAGCGCCCCUACACCUGCCCCCAGUGCGGCAAAAGUUUCUGCCAGAACUCCCACCUCAUCAAGCACCGGCGCACCCACACUGGUGAGCGCCCCUACCGCUGCCCCCAGUGUGGCAAGAGCUUCCGCCAGAGCGCCAACCUGCUGGAGCACCAGAACACCCACACUGGUGAGCGCCCCUACCAGUGCGGCCAGUGCGGCAAGAGCUUUUGCUGGAGCUCAGCUUUCAGCAAACAUCAGAGGACGCAUCUCAGCUAGGGGAGCUGUGCUGGGAUCUACCUGAGCCGGGGGCCCUGUAUUGGGAGUCUGCAGGCCCACCUGAGCUGGGGUCCCCCGCAUAUGGGGAUCAUUUAGCCCCAUCUCCAGUUAUGGACCCCAUAUGGGAUCUCCAGGAGCCAGGGCAACACUGGGAGCCCUCUGUGCUUCCCCCUUCUCCCUUCUGAGCUAAGGGACCCAAUAUGGAGACCACUAGGACACCCCAUGGACAUGCUGGAGUUCCCAGCCUAUCUUGCAUCAGGAUGACCCUGGUUGAUUCCUUCCAUCAGGGAAGCAGGAUCCAGCCAUGGCACAUGGAGGCAAACCAAGAUCAGGCUCUGUCAUGCUAGGUGCUGCACAGAGACGCAGUGACUGAGAUCAGGGCCCCGUCGUGCCGGGCACUGCGCAGCCAGGCAGUGACUGAGAUCAGGGCCCCGUCGUGCCGGGCACUGCACAGCCAGGCAGUGACUGAGAUCAGGGCCCCGUCGUGCCGGGCACUGCGCAGACAGGCAGUGACUGAGAUCAGGCCCCGUUGUGCCGGGCACUGUACAGACAGGCAGUGACUGAGAUCAGGGGCCAGUUGUGCGGGGUGCUGCACAGAUGCGCAGUGACUGAGAUCAGGGGCCAGUUGUGUCAGGCGCUGCACAGAUGCGCAGUGACUGAGAUCAGGGACCUGUCACACACAGUGCUGCACAGACACGCAGUGACCGAGAUGAGGCCCCAUCAUGCUGGGCGCUGCACAGACACACAGUGACCGAGAUCAGGCCCUGUCAUGCCAGGCACUGCACAGACACAGAACGACUGAGAUCAGGCCCUGUCAUGCUGGGCACUGCACAGACACACAGCGAGUGGGAUCAGGGCCCAGUCACACCCGGUGCUGCACAGACACAGUCAGUGACAGUCUCUGGUUUACAUCACUUACAUGUACUGCUUUCCAUUGCCUCCCCGUCCAAUGCAGGACUGACCAAACAGUGUAUUGGCCCAGCCUUGUUCUGCAUAUUCCAAGUGGCUGAGAUUUCACUGUCUGUUGGGUGACCAUUGUACAACUCUCAUCUUUAGCAAAUCUUUGACACUGGAACUAAACUCAUUUUGCUGACUCCUCUGGAGUUUUGUUAUUAAGGAAGAGGGGGAAAUGAGAGAUUGUGCUUUGGGUCUAAUGACUAAGAAGACUGCUAAGUAAUUUUGUUAACCACAGGGUGAAAGGAGAGGGGCUGUUGUGAAUCAGAAAGGACCUAAGAGACGGGCAAGUAAUUGUGGGAAGAAAUGGACAGUUUCCACAAGCUUCAAACUCAUGAUUGGCUCAGGAAGCCAGCAAAGCCCUAAUCACCAGGCUGCCAAAGACUGAGAGCCUCUUCCUCUAUUCAAAGCGCUAUAGAGGGAAACUAGAGACUUUUAAGCUCUUCAAAUUCCUGAUCUUUGUGCCUAGCCUCCUUUUCUAGCUGGUCCCUCACCUGCGUGUCCAUCUUUGUCCUUUUGCAAAACUGGGUUCCAGCCCUCCACCAAUUCCUCAGGACUUGUCCACACAGUGUGUUACUGGAUUGUGGAACUGCCUGCCACAGGAUGCUGCUGUCGCUGAGAACUUAGCCAGAUUCAAAGAGGGACUGGAUGUUUAUGUGGCUAACAAACCUGUAUGAUAGUAAAUGAUAAAGAAGUGGGUUUGAAAGGGAUAUUAAACCUCAAGUUCUAGGGUUUAAGGUGAUCUCUAGCUAUUAUGAUUUAGGAUGAGACAUUCAUAUGGGUAGAUGAUCCCGAACAUGGGUUCCUCUCACUUUCUUCUGCAGCAUCUGGUGCCAGCCCAGUGUCAGAGAGAAGCCACUGGGCCAGAGGAAUCCCGGGUUUGAUACAGUCUGGCAGCCCCAGUUUGAAGGCACUCCCCUCACUAAUGUGCAGUUAUAAUGAGAGCACCUAGGCUAAGCAAAAUAUUGUAGAGCAGAUACAGGCAGGGAAUGAUAGUCGUUCCUUCUGCUCUCAGGCAGAUAGGCAGACAACCUCAAUAAGCAUGAGCCGCUUUCUGGGAAAAGCUUUAAUUUUCUAACACAAUAAUCUAGGCAGCAUCUAGGGGGUUGGACCUCCUAAGGUCCCUGACAGCCUCUGAUUUUGGAGGGAAGGGAUAGCUCAGUGGUUUGAGCAUUGGCCUGCUAAACCCAGGGUUAUGAGUUCAAUCCUUAAGGGAGCCACUUGGGGAACUGGGGUAAAAAUCUGGGGAUUGGUCUUCCUUUGAGCAGGGGGUUGGACUAGAUGACCUUCUGAGGUCCCUUCCAACCCUGAUAGUCUUAUGAUUAGGCCUGGAGCCUGGCAGUCUGGACUCCUGGGUUCCCUCUGCAGCCCUUCCACUGACAUCCCCUCUCCAUGUCCAUCUGGGCUAGUGAGGAUUCAUCCAUGAGUAAAGAGCUUUUGAGUUCCUCGGCCAGAAAUCGUUGCAUCAACGCAGAGUGUGGUGGCAAAAGACUCUCUUAUGUCUUUUGCAAGUGAUUUUACCAAAGCUGUUUGGGGCAAUCAUGGGAAUUACAGACCCGUGAGCCCUACCUCUCUAUAUCUGUUAAAUCUGGUUCAGACAAACAAAAACAGAGUUACCAAACAGCUAGAAGAUAGUGAUAUAUGCUAGUGUCUAACCAGCACAGCCUCCCCAUAGGGAAACCAUGCCUCACUAACCUGCUAGAAUUCUUCGAGUGUGUCAAUAAAAUAAUGACUAAAGGAGAA